AUGGAAGAUUAUGAAACGCUUACUACAAAUUGGUUGAAAUGGGAUAAUAAUGAACAAAGUCGUGCAGAAAUUGACGAAUUAUGGAAGAAGAAAGAUACUGAAGAGUUGAAAUCAAGAAUGUGUGGCAGGUUGUCCUUUGGUACAGCUGGUGUGCGAACAAAAAUGGAAGCUGGUUUCUGUCGACUGAAUGAUUUGACAAUACUAAUGCUUACCGAUGGUUUUGCUAAACACUUGAAAGAUGUGUAUAAACGUCAAAGUAAUGGUGUUGCCAUUGGUUAUGAUGGUCGUUAUAAUAGCGAACGUUGGGCUAAAUUGGCUGCGAAUGUAUUUACCAAUAAUGGAAUUAAAGUAUAUCUAUUUUCGAAAUGCUGUCCAACACCUCUUGUGUCUUAUGCAACAAUGCGAUUCAAAUGUGAUGCUGGUUUAAUGAUAACAGCUUCUCAUAAUCCAAAACAAGACAAUGGUUAUAAAGCUUAUUGGACAAAUGGAGCUCAGAUAUUGGCACCUCAUGAUUCGGAAAUAUGCCGACUUGCUUAUGAAAAUAUGGAACCAAAGCCGGAGUAUUGGGAUGUAUCAAAACUUUCAACACAUCCACUUUUACAUUCAGCUGAUCCCAUAAUGGAGAAAUAUUUCACCGAAGAAUUAUCCCUGUGUCGUUAUAAGUCUUUGAAUGAAAAAUGUCCGAUAAAAUUCACUUAUACUGCAUUCCAUGGUGUUGGACUACCGUAUAUGACAAGAAUGUUGAAAGAUUUCGGAUUUCCAUCUGAAAAUAUAAUUAUCGUACAGGAGCAUGCAGAACCAAAUCCCGAUUUUCCGACGGUACCAUUUCCAAAUCCAGAGGAGGGUCGGAAAGUGCUCACAAUACCUAUAGCAACAGCUGACAAGCAUAAUUCUAGCAUAAUUCUGGCCAAUGAUCCAGAUGCUGAUCGUUUCCAGUUAGCGGAAAAACAACCCAAAGGUGAAUGGAAGAUUUUUACGGGAAAUGAAAUGGGUGCUCUGAUUUCAUGGUGGAUUUGGCAUUGUUGGCGAGAACAAAAUCCGGAAAAGGAUCCCUCAAAUUUGUACAUCGUCAGUAGUGCUGUUUCAUCCUCAAUAAGUCGUACUAUUGCAACAAAAGAAGGUUUCAAAAUUGAGCUAGGUUUAACCGGAUUCAAGUGGUUAGGAAAUAAAUCGGAUGAGCUUCGCCGUCUUGGAAAAACAGUAUUGUUCUCAUGGGAAGAAUCAAUUGGUUUCAUGCUGGGGCAUGCCCUCGAUAAAGAUGGUAUUACUGCAGCUGCAACAUUCGCUGAAUUGACAUCUUAUUUAUAUUCCGAGCAAUUAACUCUUAUCUAUUAUAAUAGGUAUGGUUUUCAUCUAAUUAGUAGCUCGUAUUGGUUUGUACCAAAUCAAACAACAAUGAAGAACAUUUUUGCAAAAAUACGUAAAGGCAGUAAGUACCCACAAAAAAUCGGAAAAUUCGAUGUUAAAUAUGUACGUGAUCUGACGAUUGGGUAUGAUAAUGAGCAACCUGGAAAUAAACCAAUUCUACCGCUCAGUACUUCAUCCGAAAUGAUUACAUUCACAUUAUCGGAUGGUAGUUGGGCAACAAUACGAGCAAGUGGAACUGAACCAAAAAUCAAAUAUUAUAUUGAAUUCAAAUCACCACCAGGCAAAACCAAAAAAGACUUAGCUGAUAUACAGAAACAACUUGCCGAACUAGAGCAAGCGGUAAUUGACAAUUUAUUGGAGCCAAAAAUCAAUGGUCUGAUUGCAAGAUGUUAA